UGAAAUUCUCUAGCCAGUCCACAUCGUAGGCACACUGAUACUCUGAAAUGCGGAUGCGGCUGUUCGUAUCAAGCCUUUAGCUUCUCGAUGUGGGCAUUUGGAUGAUCCAAUCGACCCGUCGCAUGUCCACACAUCUGUUAGGUCGAAGAACACCCUACUGCGACGCAGGGGGGAUACAUUCUCUUCCUCCUCUUGCUUUCCUCACUUCUGCCGAGGACGAUGUCGCCGCCGUGCCCCCGUUUCCACUCCUUAGUUCUCCUUCUAUCUAUCGUUCUACAGUGCAUACUAUCCGUCUGCGGGGAAAUACGGACGAUCGACGACACGUACGGCGACUCUGUGACAGGAGCGACACCAGUGUACCCGAACGAGGACUGCUGGAACGAAGGCCCAGGGUGUUCGGCGUGCGUUCUCCAGCCGGAUCCGUCGGAGGCGCAUAACGGCACUUGGCACGACACGACGUCCAAUAUAUGCACCACCCAGUACCCCCCGACCCAUAGCGUCACCUUCAGCUUCAACGGGACUGCUCUUUCGGUAUACUGUAUCAUAGUCUCCCAAGGCCCGGCAACGUGGUUCACCAACCUGAGCUUCACUCUCGAUGGCGAGAUCAGCAACACGCAGUUCUCACCAAGUGUGGUAGCGAGCACAUAUGGCUUCCAGUACAACUCCCGCGUAUUCAUCAUAUCAUCAUUGAGCAACGAACAACACACGUUCACGAUGUCGGCUAUGACAGGAUCGUCCGCAUCGGUCUUGCUCUUUGACUAUGCUGAGUACACCUACGAGGAUCCGACGCCGGCAACUCCGUCUCCGACGAGCACAACCUCAACGAGUUCGAGCACAUCGAGUACGUCGAGCACUUCGUCGUCGACCAGUGCAACCUCCACGGAUUCUCCUUCGCCAGCGAGCACGACUUCAUUCUCGGAAUCGCGGAGCAGUGGAUCACGGAGCAGCCAGACCACGGCAUCCUCGUCAUCCAGUGCGACCCAGAGCGGUACCUCAGAGGCAAGUGUGUCGACGUUCGGUAGCACUAAUCCGGCGACAACCUCAGUACCCUCAGCACUAGGGUCGCACAGUGCUUCGCACACAACUAUCGUAGCCGGCGCCGCCGCAGGCGGGUCCGUCGCCAUAUUCCUUGUUAUCGUCGUCGGAGUCCUCAUCUAUAUCCGCCGCAAGAAGCGCGCUCAGUUCGUGCCCACAACCAACAUCCUCGACGACGGUGAUGGCGACGGAGACGACUCAUCCGCGCAGCCUCUGGACGAAGGCAAUACUAGUCCGGAGAGCACGGGUCAGACGGGCGGAUGGCCGCCGCGACGGAGUCGACCGCUCAUGACCUUGGCCAACCCCUGCGAUUCAGGCAGCACAGUGCUGAGCAUCCCGCUAAUGCUCAACAAGAAGAAUGAGCUCGGCAGCGCGGAAUGCCUUUCUGCCAAGGUCGACGCGCGGUCUGGGUAUAGACACGAACACGAUGUUCCUGCGUUGCCUUCGUCGUCGGACGGAGAUACGUUACUAGACACGGCCGUGCAGUCGCUUGACGGUGGAAACGUGUCGUCUGCAGACAGGCGGGACGGGGCGGUUUGGCAGGUUGAGAUGACAGUGCUGCGCCAGGAGAUGGCACAGGAAAUGGCAAGGCUCCGCGAGCAAACCGCGGUGUAUGCGACAGUGCCGCCGCCGCCGCCCCCAUACGUGUGACUGACCGUGCUCAGGCUCUCGUCGUUAACGUGAUACGUUCUUGGUACUCCAACCACUGCACUUCAACGCAGAGUAUCCACGUAGGACGACGGGGGC